AUGACCCCCGAUUCGGACACCCACUCGCUCCAAUGCCGCCAACUGGUAAAGCGGUUCGCCACGACGACCGCCGUGGACCGGCUCGACCUCACGGUGCCGUCGGGGACCAUUUUCGGACUGCUUGGUCCGAACGGCUCCGGCAAGACCACGACGAUCCGCACCGCGCUGGGCAUCUACGUGCCUGACGGCGGAACGAUCGAGCUGCUCGGGUCGCGCGACCCGCUGGCGGUGCGCGGCCGCGUCGGCUACCUGCCCGAGGAACGCGGACUCUACCCCAAGAUGAAGGUCGGCGAACAGCUCGCGUUCCUGGCGUCCAUCCGCGAUCUCGACCAGUCGGAAUCGCACCGCCGGGCAGGCGCCUGGCUCGAACGGAUCGGUUUGGCCGCCAACACGCACUCCCUGACGGGCGAGCUGUCGAAAGGCAUGCAGCAGAAGGUCCAGUUCGCGGCGGCGGUCCUGCACGACCCGGAACUGAUCGUGCUGGACGAGCCGUUCUCCGGGCUCGACCCGGUCAACACGAAACUGCUCCAGGAGUUGAUUCUGGAACAGCGGGCGCGCGGCGCCACCGUCAUCCUGUCGACGCACCGGAUGGAGCAGGUGGAAGCGCUGUGCGAGUCGAUCUGCCUCAUUCACCAGGGACGACCGGUGCUGGCCGGCAAUCUGGCGGAGAUCAAGGCCGGAUACGGCCGCAACACCGUGUCCGUCGAGUACCGCGGCGCCGCCGGCGCCCUCGCCGAUCUCGACGGGGUUCGCCGAUGCGAAGACACCGGUCACGAAGCGCGGCUCGAACUGGCGCCGGAGACCGACGCACAGGCGGUGAUCCGCGCCGUGCUCGACCGGGUCAGCGUCCAGAGCGUGCGCUUGGAGCAUCCCCACAUCGAAGAGAUCUACCUGGAGAAGGUGGGCCGCCACAGGGCGGGCGCAGCGGAGGUGGCCGCACGAUGA